GCUUAGACCAUCGCUUGGGUUCUCAAGAACUACUCACUUGUCGGACCCGAGGAAGGCACCAUGAAGACCUUGUCAGUGACCGUGACGUUGGUCCUGCUGGUAGUUCUGCUGGUCCCGGACACCCAGGGUUGGUGGUGGAGCCGCCGGCGCCGGAGCUGUUCCCGGGUGGACUGUGCCUGGGGCGGCUGGGGCGGCUGGAGCGGCUGCACUGCGUCAUGCGGACCGUCAGGGACCCAGAGCCGCAGCAGGGGCGUGUCUCGCCAGGCAAGCUGCGGUGGAAGUGGAUGUAGCGGGCCUUCGUCGGAGACCCGAGCCUGUAACAGGCACUGUUAUAACGACGGCUCCCUCACCUCGUCUGGAUGUAACUGCCCUGCUGGAUACAUCGGUGACUGCUGUGAGACCCAAAUCACUUGCCCUGGGGUGGACCCGCCUGCUAACGGAGCCCGUACCGGCUGUAGCACCUACGGCUGUACCCUCACCUACAGCUGCGAGGAAGGAUACGAACUCAACGGAGUCGAGACACGUACAUGUGGCGGCAGUGGUUCUUGGUCCGAUGAGGCCCCGACAUGUAGCAAGGUGUCGUGUGCGCUCAUCGACCCGCCCGCUAACGGCGCCAUCGUGGGAGGCCGGGCCGUCAGGUUCUACGGCGACAGGAUGACGCUGACCUGUAACUCUGGGUACGAGAUGUCCGGCAGCAGCACCAGGAACUGCCAGGCUGACAGAUCCUGGAGCGGAGAUGAGACCGCUUGUCACCGUGUCUCCUGUGGGGAGUUGAGUGCACCCGAGAACGGUGCUAAGUUCGGGGACAGUUAUCUGUAUGAAGACGUCGUGUCCUUCAGCUGUAACCCCGGAUACGGCCUGCAGGGGAGCGCCGACCGCACCUGCCAGGCCGACCGCACCUGGAGCGGCGAGGAGGCAUCGUGUGCACGCCUGCCGUGCCCCGUGCUUGACGCCCCAGACAACGGCGCUGUAACAGGCGAUCACCUCUUCGGUGACGUGGUCACCUACUCAUGUGACACUGGGUACGAGCUGGAGGGCGUGGCCACCAGGACCUGUCGGGCCGACCAGACGUGGAGUGACGCGCCGUCCGUCUGUAACAAGAUCUGUUGCGGUGAGCCGUCGGUAGAGAACGGUAACGUAGAGGGGACCUACUGCUACCAGGAGACGGUGACCGUGUCGUGUAACGAAGGUUACCGACUGGUGGGGGCCGGGUCGCUGGAGUGCACGGCCACUGGAGCCUGGAACAACGACGUGCCUAUUUGCGAGAGGAUCUGUUGUGACAGCACCAUCGGCAUUGCCAACGGCCAGAUCACUGCUGAGGAGGGUUACUGCUCUGGGAACGUGAUCCAGUUCUCCUGUAACACCGGGUACGAGCUGGUCGGCAACUCCUCGGCCACCUGCCAAUUGGACGAGAGCUGGGACCAAGAGAUUCCGAUUUGUCAGCGUGUGUACUGCGGAGACCCUGGCCACCUGCGCCAUGCCACCAGGGAGCUGGAAGGCAUGUACUACGGCGACGCCGCCUACUUCACGUGUAACACCGGCUUCAUGCUCCAGGGCAAUGGCAAUCUGACCUGCGGCGCCUCUGCCGAGUGGGAGGGCGGGGAACCAACAUGCGAGCCUGAUGGAGACUGCACCUGUGACUCCAUCGCCUCCCCUGCCGGCGGCACUGCCACCUGUAUCGGCGGGACCGUGAACGGUGCGCCCAGCCAGUUCGCCACCAUGACCUGCCCGUCUCCCAAGGCCUACCCGGUGUCUGAGCGCCGAUUCGAGUGUGGGGAGGCCACUGGCUACCUUUGGAUGAUGCGUCAUUUCUUAACACUCACUCUGUCCGAUGUCUUGGAUUGCCAGGAUCAGUCCGCUGUGGCUGGUGCGGUGGAUGUGAGUGGCAUGAUGAUCAGAGCUACGGCCCCAGUGGACGGUACUGCCAUAAUUAGCGCCCUGAAGGAGGGAUUCGCCGCACAGGACGGCUUCUGCCAGAGUCCCUGCAAUGUUGGCGUUGUGACCCUGGCAGCAGAGGAGGCAGCCGACGGUUCUCCCGUGGAAGUCUCCGUCACUGUCCAGGUGUACAUCCUCGGAGACACUGAUGCUUUCUGGAUCACCGUUCCUGAUGACGUCAACGCAGCUUUGAGUACGAAUGCCGACGCCUUGAAGCAGCUUGCCCAGGCCGGCGGAGUUUCCUUCAGCGUGGGCGGGCAGGACUUGGUCCUGGAGGAUGGCGGCUUCAGCACCUCGGACAGCUACAUCACGUGUCCCGAGGGUCACGAGCUGAGCGGAUUUAACUGCUACGAGUGUCCUGCUGGUACCUACUACGACUCGUCGAGUAGCGAGUGUAAGGCUUGUCCGUUCGGCUACUACUCGGACCAGGCCGGUCAGACCAGCUGCACCAUGUGUCCUGACGGGAAGAGCACAUACGGCGAGGGCGCCAAGGAGUGCCAAGUGUACGUGGACUGCUACUGUAUGGACGGCCAGCACCCAUGCACCUUUGAUGCUCAGGAUGGCUGGGUGCGCCACUGUCCGAACGGAUACCAGAGAGAGGAGGACGAAUGCGUUGUUGAGUGUCCCACUGGAUCAAGCCGCUACGGAGCAUCGUGCUUCCAGAUGAACUCUAUGACCGUCCCCUACAGCACAGCUUCGCAAAUCUGUCGCUUCAACGGAGGUGAGAUCGCCCGUGUGAAGGACCAAGGCACCGCGGACUUCAUCAAGGAGCUGGCGGCGGGGAGUGAGGUGUGGAUCGGGCUGGAUGACCAGACUACCGAGGGAGAGUACGUCUGGUUGGCUGACGGCACCGCCAUUGCCGACGGUGACUACACUGCGUGGGCAAGCGGCCAGCCGAGUGAUACUCUGAGUUGGAACGACUGCGUGAAGAUGGACGCUGCAGGAGAGUGGACCACCAACAACUGUAACCACUUCACCGCCUACGUCUGCGAGUUCAACUAGACGUGGAGGAUGUUGAAGUUGUUUUUGCUGUGGUAAUUUCUGUCUUUUUGCGUCCAGUAGUCUGGUUUACUAGUGGCUAAUAGCAUGGUUUAUUGAAAGUGACGGAGGUUUCUCCUAGUUGUAUUACUUGCUUUAGAAUGAAUUAAAAAGUCUUUCCCUUUCUUGCUGUUUCAGAUA